UUAAGUCACGAACACCCCCCAUUGUCUUUCGUUUCGAUUACCGAUUUAUAUUUCCAUCCGGCUGCCAGACACUCCCUCAUUAUAUGCAUCUGCCCCAGCUAAACCUCCGGUUCUUCUCAUACCCCAGAGUUAAUUACAUUUGCCCAAAGUAUCACACACUAUCGGUAUUGAAGAGUUAAGAAACCGGCCUUACUGUUGUGCAGCACGGCGCUUCUGGUGUACAAACACUCUGUGCAAUAUAAUAAAUGGUGAAAACAUCAGAGGAGGAUAUUAUUCUAAGCUACAAUGAUGUUGUACUUCGGCAAUCAGAUUUACACAUUUUAAGUGAGCCAGAAUUUCUCAAUGAUCGAAUCAUCGAGUUUUAUUUAAGCUAUCUACAUUCACAGUUUCCUUCACCGGAUAUCAUGUUGGUCCCACCUUCAAUAUCGUUCUGGAUAACAAAUUGCCCUGAUGUGGAAAGCGUUAAACAUUUUGUGGAACCCCUAAAACUACUAGAAAAGAAGUUGAUCAUCUUUCCAGUCAAUGAUAACAUUGACUUGACAAAAGCUGAAGGUGGAAAUCAUUGGAGCUUGCUUGCUUUUGAGAGAGAUGCCAACUUAUAUGUGCAUCAUGACAGUCUUGGAGGGUACAACACUUGCCAUGCUAAGCGGCUCUACGAGGCAGUUGUUCCACAUAUGGAGUCUUCUAGUACAAAAUCUUGUGGGCGUUUUGUUGAAUGUUCUAGCACUCCCCAGCAAAAAAAUGGUUACGACUGUGGCUUGUAUGUUCUGGCAAUUGCACGAGUCAUCUGGUUAUGGUACAGUAGCAGUGGACCAAAAGAUGAGGGAUUGUGGUAUUCUUCUGUAGAGCAGCAAGUUACUCCAUCCGUCGUUUCUGGGAUGCGCAGAGAUAUACUAAAGGUGAUCAGCAGUUUGAGAAAUGAAAAGUAAUGAGGAUGACAAAAGUGUGUUGUAUGGAAAUUGUAACAAAGUAAAUUAUCCCAUGCUGACAAGAUUAUUAUUAUGUAGUUAGCGGUCAAUUUCAGGUGAACUUGGGGUUUUAUAUUUUUAAUGUAUUUAGGCGUGCAAUGAUAUAACAAGUCACAUUUUAAGCUUGGUAA